CCCAUAUCCUCCACCUCCUCAAAGCCCUAAACCCUAUCCUCCCCUCCUCUCCUCUCCGCUCCUCUGCAUCUCCCAUGGCGCUCUCUCGAUCCCUCCUCUUCGCCGAUCCCAUCGCCUUCUCCUUCUCCACUCCAUUCCCCUCCAAAUCUCCGUUCCUACCUCCCUUCGCCGCCGAUCGAUCCCUGGCGUUGCGAUCUCGGCGCGAUCCGAGCAUCCGAUCGCGAUCUCGGGGGAUCUCGGCCGUCCGAUCGGAGUUUCCGGCGGUCGCCGCCGGCGAGAACCUGCCGGAGGAAUACGCGACGCGGUUCCCGGCGGUGGAUCCCGGGCGACGGCGCAGGGCGGGGGUGCUCCUCCACCCGACUUCGCUGCGGGGGCCCUACGGGAUCGGAGAUCUCGGCGACGAGGCGCUCCGGUUCUUAGAUUGGCUUCACUCCGCCGGAUGCGCAGUUUGGCAGGUACUUCCUCUUGUUCCUCCGGGAAGGAAGUCAAGAGAAGAUGGAUCUCCAUAUGCAGGACAGGAUGCAAAUUGUGGUAAUACUCUUCUGAUUUCUUUAGAAGAGCUCGUGAAAGAUGGCCUACUAAUGGAGGAUGAACUUCCAAAGCCAUUGGAUAUGGAACAUGUUGAAUUUGAAACUGUUGCAGAAAUAAAGGAACCUUUAAUAGCAAAGGCAGCAGAGCGGCUUCUUGAAAGUCAGGGAGAUCUCAAAAACCAGCUUUCUGACUUCCGAAAAGAUCCUAAAAUUUCAGGUUGGCUUGAAGAUGCAGCUCUAUUUGCUGCAAUUGACAGUAGCAUUAACAGUUUCUCUUGGAAUGAGUGGCCUGAACCUCUAAAAAAUCGCCAUCUAUGUGCUUUGGAAGAAAUAUCUCAAAACUACAAAGGCUUUAUAGACAUUUUCAUUGCACAACAGUUCUUGUUCCAAAGACAAUGGCAGAGAGUUCGAGGCCAUGCACAAAAGUUGGGAAUUAAGAUAAUAGGUGACAUGCCUAUCUACGUAGGUUAUCAUAGUGCAGACGUCUGGGCGAAUAGGAAAUCAUUCUUGCUGGAUAGAAACGGUUUUCCAAUUCUUGUUAGCGGUGUUCCACCAGACUUCUUUAGUGAAACUGGUCAGCUAUGGGACAGCCCUUUGUACGACUGGCGAGCCAUGGAAGCUAAUGGUUAUACAUGGUGGAUACAAAGAAUCAGACGUGCACUUGAUUUAUACGAUGAAUUUCGCAUAGACCAUUUCCGAGGCUUAUCUGGCUAUUGGGCUGUUCCUUCUGGGUCAAAGGUAGCACUGGUUGGAAGUUGGAAGGCUGGACCAAGGGAAGCUUUCUUUGAGGCCAUAUUCAGAGCUGUUGGUAAAAUAGAUAUCAUUGCGGAGGACCUGGGGGUGAUAACGGAGGACGUUGUUCAAUUAAGGAAAGAUAUUGGGGCUCCUGGAAUGGCAGUUCUCCAGUUUGCAUUUGGAGGUGGUCCAGAUAACCCGCACUUGCCCCAUAACCAUGAACAGGAUCAAGUUGUUUACACUGGAACACAUGAUAACGAUACAGUGCUGGGAUGGUGGGGAAACUUAGCUGAAGAAGAAAAACGCAAUGUUAGUAAGUAUCUCGCAAGCACCAAGGAGAGUGGCAUUUCUUGGGCGUUGAUUCAUGCCGCGAUGUCUUCUGUUGCGCGUACUGCUAUUGUUCCGAUGCAAGACAUACUGUGUCUCGACAGUAAUGCUAGAAUGAACACCCCAGCAACACAGCUAGGAAACUGGAGAUGGAGGAUCCCGAGCUGGAUUCGCUUCGACGACAUGAAGCGCCAGGCAGUGGAACUAAAGAAACUGCUUACAAUGUACAAUAGGGUAUGAAGCACGAGGUUUUAGCUACUAAAAUUUUUUAGUUGUUUCAAUUUUCCUUGAAGCAUCUGGAAAGAAUAAAGUUGUUUUCGGUAGGAUUUUCAAUCUAUCGAAUAAUAAAUUAUGCCUAGAUCGUUUAUCGGUAAUGGCAUAUGUAAUUGCGCACUCGAACCUUGCGUUGGGACUCCUCGCGCCCUUACCCAGAUAUGAGCAAAUACGGCUGCGGCCCAAUUUUCUGGAUUGUGCUGGGUCUAGAAUUUAGAGGCCCAACAAAAUAAAUUUGUGGUGGUUUUAUGUUUCUGUUA